AUGCAAAUUGUUGUGUUUAACAGCAGUGUGAGCAGUAAUCUUUUAACAAUUAUUGCAAGAUCUAUUAAUCUCAAGGUCAUGUUGGUGCAAAUACUGGUGGGGAUUUUCCUCUAUGUGAACUGCCUCAUGAUCCUCAGCUUUCUAAAAAAGGAAGUGUUCAGGGACGACACUCGCUACAUUUUAUUUGCACAAACUCUGUUUGCAGACUCUGCUUUCAUGGUGUUAUCGGACUUGCUUUUCAUUGGGGCCCAUUACGAAUAUCCUAUCCACUUGAUUCCAUGCAUUAUCAUGUGUACAAUUUUAAAUGUUCUGUUUGUGUGUACUCCGCUGACUCUUGUGGCAAUGUGUCUGGAGCGCUAUGUUGCUAUAUGCAUGCCUUUAAGACAUGCUGACAUCUCCACCAGCAGGACCAGAUUCCGAGGACUCCUAAUAAUAUGGAGUAUCAGUUCCAUAAUUCCAUUGUUCACCUUAGUAGCCUAUUUGGCUGUUAUCCCUUCAGGUGAUCUGUUGUCCUAUACAGUGUGUAGUGUGGAGUUAAUGUUAAGGAAAGACUGGCAGGCACAAGCACGUGCUAUAUUUUUCCUGCUUCUUUUUCUCUUCAUGAUCAUUAUCAUUGCCUUUACCUACAUUAAGAUAAUGAUUGCAGCCAGAGGGGCCUCAUCAGAGAAUAAGAAACUGACCAACAAGGGUCUCAGGACUGUGAUCCUGCAUGCUGUCCAGCUACUUCUGUGUUUAAUGCAGUUUUUAAACCCAUAUGUAGAAAUGGAAUUUUGGAAGGUUGAUGUAAUGGUGUUUAUAAAUGUAAGAUAUUCUAAUUUUAUUGUGUUUAUUAUUGCACCACGCUGUCUUAGUCCAUUAAUUUAUGGUCUCAGAGAUGACAAGUUUUUUGUUGUUUUAAGACAUUAUGUUCUGUGUGGUUUGGACAGCCUUCUUCCUGCUAUGUUUAGUAAAUGGAAAAUAAGACCUGCCAAACCACAACACUCUUCCUAA